CUUUAUUUGGAAAAAUUCCGUGACCCGGAACAACUGUUUAAGUGUUGCUGACGAAACGCGUAUUUUUUUUGACAGCCUAUCGAUGAAUAAUACACAAUUUCACACAAAACAUCGAAAACACAUUGAUCUCGUUUAACACCUAGUAGCCGUAAUCGCAAAGGUAAGCCAUUUGAUCAGACUUGCUAAUACGAUGGCUGUUGUGAGGUAACGUUAGCUAUUUCUUUGCAAUCAACGGUGUUGGUAAGCUAACAGUAAAGUAAUCAGUAGCCUUUUAAUCACAUUCAUAGAAUGUUUGAUAAUGUCUGUUAGCUUGCUCGCUAGUUAGCUAGCACACGCUUGUCAGCUUUCAACGCAAGUUUUGAUAUGGAAAAUAUCGAUGCAAUUCGUCAGCUAUCAGUACGUUAGCUACUAACUAGACAGGUUGUACUUCUAAGUAGCAGCUAACUAACGAACUUAGAUAACUAACCGUUUCUUUGCUAGUUGGCUAGCUAACCACCCGGCUAACCACCCGACUCGCCGGCUAGCUAACCACCCGACUCGCCAGCUAGCUAACCACCCAAUUAGCCGGCUAGCUAACCACCCGACUAGCCGGCUAGCUAACCAGUACUGCAUUGCUGGACGAAAGCAAAACGGACUAUACGGUACCGGUACCGUGCAGAUUUAUUCUAAAAUCAACAAAGCGUUUGCUAAAUGCCAAACUAACCGUGUGGGCCUUUGCGAUUUUCAAAUAACUAACUAGCCAACUACUGUUAGCGUAGAGUUUCCGCAGUAGUGGGACGUGUAUGUAGUUGGUCUCAUGAAUUACUGAUUGUGUGGAAUGCAACUAGAGUCAUUCCUGCCUGCGUGGCCACCGGCACUGCUAGACACGGGUUGCUUAUAUGUUUAACUUAGCCGGCUAAUUCACGGGUUGUCCUCAGUUAACUACCUAGUACAUACACUUUCUGGUAUAGUGUGUAUUUAAAAAAAAUUAAUUUUCAAGUCCGUUUCAUGUCUAUUUUGGGCUCCCUAAAUAACCUUUCAAAUGACAGCCCUUUAAUUUGAGGGGAAACAUAAUUGCUGUUUUUGAUGAGGGUGGCAAUUGUAUCCUCCAGCUGACUGGAAAGUUGUUGUUAGCUAUGAUGAUUCUGUGACAUUGACAGUGGCACUUUGACAUACGGCAAGGACCAGAGCCAUACAUUUAGAAUGAAUACAUAACUCUGGCAAGGACAAGUUGCUCACAUUAGAUAGGGCUAUCUGUCGUUGUUGAGUUAUGGAGAGCCUAGAUAGUUGGAUACAGUUACAUCAUCAUCUUACUGAUUAUGGUAUCUCCAUUGUUAUGCAGGCACAUUUGAUAUGUUGCAGGCAGUUUGCUUAUCUGCCCCAAAUAGCACAACAACCCCCAUCUAUGGACAAUCUGAUCGAUAUCUUUGUCCUGACCAUUACCAACCGAUCAAUACAUCCAUCUCAACUGACGUGGGUCUGUAUGAGAGGAGCCCUGCUUUGGAGCCUUCAUGUCCUGUCCUGAUUCUUUUACCCCAACUUAACUCUCCUCUUUUGGGGGAGAGGACAGGCUAAUAUUCCAGUUUGCCUGGAGCUGUGGAGCCAGACAGACGAGGGUCACUGUCUGACAGCCCAAAGCAAGGUGUUAUCCGAUAUCAAAACAUAAAAUGUUGUUUUGAAAGACAGGGAGUGAUAGGCUAGAUAGAUCCUGUAACUGAUCCUGUAACUGGUGGGAGAACAGCCAGUGGGUUAGGCAGGGUGUUAUGUUGUCAGUAAAGUGAUUGUUUAAAACCCCGGGUGUGGAUCCAGGAAUCAGUCAAGUUUGGCUCCUUAUGGGUGUCUCUCUCAGCUCCGAUGACACAGAUUAGAGUUGUAAUAUGUUACGAAUUGAGCCCAGUAAUUAUACAUUAGUUUUUCAUCAUGCUCCUGUCAAUCAUGUACCAGCCUGUCCAGCAUCUUGGCUCCUGCUUUUUCUGUUUGUCUGUCAACAAGUUUAAGUUUUUAUAUCUAACUGUUUUUCAUCACUAAUGUCCUCUCUGACCUCCAACAGGCUGGUUGCUGGUACAGUAGGGGCCUGGUCUAGCUGUGGGUCUUGUGGUGAGACAGAGAUCCACACCUGCCCUUCAGAAGGGUGUGUGUUGGAGCUGGGAGGGGGAAGCGACUAGAGGGGGGCAGGUGCCAUGCUCUAGGGGUGAGGUGGGGAAGAGGGGGACUCACAGGUCAGGGGUGGUGUCUGAGGUUGCAGAGGAGAUGAAGUUGAAGCAGCGUGUGGUUGUACUGGUUGCUGUGCUACUCCUGUUGGGGCUUGCCAAACUUUUUCUGCUGGACGGAGGAGAGGGGUCCGCAGCCAGCCGACGAGACCUCAGAGCCUUCCGCAAGAUGGAGGCAGGCCUGUCUCUCUCCCGCGGUGCCCGUUUAACACACACUCUCCAGUCUGCAUGGGAGGUGGCAGGCCAGUGGGUGGGCCCAAGGGAGGUGUACCCUGAGGAGACCCCCGAGCUGGCAGCCGUCCUCACCGCGCUGGGCACUGCCAGGGUGGAGCGAGCAGACGUGGGCUACAAGGGCACCCAGCUCAAAGCUCUACUAGUACUGGACGGGGGGCAGAAAGUGGUCUUUAAACCCAAGAGGUAUAGUAGAGACUAUAUGGUAGAAGGAGAGCCAUAUGCAGGUUAUGACAGACACAAUGCAGAGGUGGCAGCUUUUCACCUGGACAGGAUCCUGGGCUUCAGGAGAGCACCCCUAGUGGUAGGGAGGUUUGUCAACCUGAGGACUGAGAUCAAACCUGUCGCCACCGACCAGCUACUCAGUACCUUUCUAAUGCAGGGUAAUAAUAGUUGUUUCUAUGGGAAGUGUUACUACUGUAGAGAGAGUGAGCCUGCAUGUGCGGAGGGAGAGAACAUGGAGGGAUCGUUAACUCUCUGGCUGCCAGAUGUCUGGCCGCUCCAGAAACAUAGACACCCCUGGGGACGCACUUACAGGGAGGGCAAACUGGCCAGGUGGGAGUAUGAUGAGAGCUACUGUGAUGCGGUAAAGAAGAUGCCUCCGUACGACGCUGGUCCCAGACUGCUGGACGUCAUCGACACGUCCAUCUUUGAUUACCUCAUCGGCAACGCAGACCGACAUCAUUAUGAGAGUUUCCAAGACGAUGGAGGAGCCAGCAUGCUCAUUCUGCUGGAUAACGCAAAGAGUUUUGGGAAUGCAGCUCUGGACGAAAGAAGCAUUUUGGCCUCUCUGUAUCAAUGUUGCAUGGUGCGUAUGUCUACGUGGAAUAGGUUGAACCUGCUGAGGGCAGGGGCUCUGAGUUCAGCCAUGAGGCAGGCCCUGACCUUUGACCCCAUCAACCCCGUCCUGGCCGAGCCUCACCUGGCCGCCCUGGACAGACGUCUGUCUGGUGUCAUAGCAACCAUCCGGCAGUGUGUGGAGUCACAGGGCCCUGACAACACACUGAUAGAGGACCGCUUGAACCUGCCACACUCCUAAAGGAGGACAGGAGAGAGGGAUGGAAGAGAGGAGAGACCUGUCCCAUCCCUUGUGGAGGACAAGAGAGAGGGAUAGAUGGAUAGAUGAGAGACGAGGGAAAGGAGAAGCUCUCACCCAGGGAUCGAGAGAGAGGGUUGAGCCAUGGUAGGAGGAGCUGGAGGAUAAACCACCUCCCACGCUCCAAGUCUCAUGGCCUCAUAGAAUGGGACAGGAAAUGACUCCAGCAGCAGGAAGUGGUUUCCUCUACAAACUGUUUCCCUCCACACUAGAACACUUGAACCUAAUGGGAUCUAUAUCUGAGGAACUGUAUCCCCAAUGUCUCUCCUCUGCCUUCUGCACACACACACACCUCGUGCCAAACCCUCCCUCUCUCGUCCAGUAAUAACGAGGGAACCAAAGCCAUAGGACUCAACCCAGCGGCACUCAGGAUAGCAGGGGUCGCUCACACAGCCAUAAAACCCACUCCAUGUGGACACAACACUCCCAGCAAAAUCCACUGGACUGACAGUGGAGAGGGAGACUGGUUAAAUGACCAAGGGGAAUUUUGUGGUCAGUCAAUGUGACUAACAAACAGACGUGUCUGUGUCUGAAAUGACACCAUAUUUCCUAUAUAGUGCAUAAGGCUCUAGCCAAAAGUAGUGCACUGUAUAGGGAGGGAAUUGUGUGCAAUUUCAGAAUCUGCCAACUGACUAUGGAUGUCUCAUGCUGCUCUAUUCAAUAUAUAUUGUACUAGUUUUGGCCCCAGUUUCUCAGACCUUAUUCCUAUUUCUGAAUUAAAAGCACUUUCAAAAGAGAUUGUUCAUUAAGCAUGCUUUUUUUACUCCAGGAUUCGACUUGAUCUGGGUCUAAGAAACUGGCCAAUGAGGUUUUAAAGGUUGGCUACAUACUCGAGGGCUUUGGUCAAGACUAGUGCACUAUUUUGGGAAUAGGGUAGCCAUUUGAGACAUUACCAGUGUGUACAUAACGAACUUUUGAAUAGCAUUACUGAGAGAGUAUAAUUAUGAGAAUUGUAAUGUUAAAUUAACCUAAUUUAGUGUCGUGUCUGAAUGUGUGUGCCUGAAUGUGUGAGCAUGAGUGUAGGGCAGGAGUCGGUCACCCAAAAAACGUCCCGCAAUCAGUUUUUGGUCAAAAAAGACUGUAAAAUCACAAGAAUCCUGCAAAAAAAAUGUGUAAUUUAGCAAAAUCUGUUCCCAAAUAUUCUGACAAAUCAUAAGAGAUGUUAUCGUGUCAAUCUAAUCAAGGUAUGAAAUUAUUUUCAAAUACAAUCUCUUUGAGCUUAGUUGUGGUCAAUUUGCAGUGUUCAUUAUUAUGUUCAGCCCCCCCGACCAUCUGCUCCAACAAAAAUCAUCCGGCAGCUGUAUCUAGUUGUCUAUACCUGGGGUAGGGGGUGCCAUACUCUAGUUGAGUAUGCUACUAACGUUUUAGAGAGAAUCUGGGACAGGGCGGGGGAAGAUGGGAAGUUUGGGGCUUUAUAGGAAUGUAAUGUUUUCAACAUUAAAAAUUAAUUUUUUAAAUA